CCACGCGUCAAUUCCACGAAUUUCUUUUGACACUUUUUCAAUUUUCCAAGAGAGGUUCUUGUUGAAAUAAACUCCGGUGGUGCAUUAUUUCACGUAAAUUAAUAAUUUUCACUUAAAAUGUCGAUGUUAGCUGUGGUUAAUAAAUUUUGGCAGGAAUACACAAAGAAUACACCAAAAAAAUUGAAAAUUAUUGACUCGUAUCUAUUUUAUGUGUUUUUGACUGGUGUCAUUCAAUUCAUCUAUUGUUGUCUCGUUGGCACAUUUCCCUUUAACAGUUUUCUCAGUGGAUUUAUCUCCUGUAUUUCGUGCUUUAUUUUAGGUGUGUGUCUCAGACUUCAAGUGAAUCCACAAAAUAAAACGCAUUUUUAUGGAAUCAGUGCCGAAAGGGGAUUUGCCGAUUUUAUUUUUGCACACAUUAUUCUUCAUCUCGUUGUUAUGAAUUUUAUUGGAUAAGAAAUUAUUUAGAAAAAAGGAAGAAAACAAUGUUUUUUUGUAUAUGUAUUAAAUAUUUUUAGAAAAUAA